CCGAUGUGGAUAACCAAGUACAACAAUCGCCAUUCGUCACCAUGUGACCCAUUUUCUAUAAAAGAAGAAAAUGCUGAACUUAAAACAGCCUUUAACUUUAGUAACGUGUGCCUCCGAUUGCCUUAUUGAAUUAGUGCUGUUUUGGAAUUCGCAUCAACUUGAUAUUCAAUCCUUCACAAUUUUACGAGAAUACCUUUUAUCUAUUCCCAACAACCUGUUCGACCAGUGGGCGGAGAAGCUAAUGUUAAGGUUAGGUAGAUUGCAACGUAAUUCAGAUGCCCUUUUUCUUAUUUUUAGUUCUGCCUUAACACGAAUGGAUAUUGAUCAUUUUCCCACUCUGCCUGUAAAUGUGAAUAGACUUUGUGAUGGCUUUAGAUUUACCACAAAUCUAAGGUACUUGUGCUGUCGCUAUGCCCCUUUUUUUUGGUCUCCAUCAGAUUUAUUGAUGCUUCAAAAAUCAGUAGGUCAUUUCACAAAUCUUCAAAGGUUAGUCAUAUGUAAUAUAGAUCUUAUGGAGAGCCCCUCGUUUCUGGAGACUGUUGGAAACCAACUCAGCAGCCUAAAAGAACUUGACAUCAGUUAUGGGAAAAUACCAGCAGACAGUUACAAAAAAAUAGGUGACAAUUUUUUACAUCUUGAAGUCCUAAGGAUAAAACAACAUUCAGAAGAAUUUCGUACCAUCACCCGUAAACAUGCAAUACAACUACUUGUUUGUUUAUUGAAGCUAAAGAUUUUGGAUGAUGAUUCAACUGCAUGGAGCUGUGUUCUACCAGCCUUAACACAACUCAGCAAAGAAAUGUACUCUCAUUUAUGUGCCUCCAUAGAGCAUCUUACCAUCUACCAAUGCUCAGAAGUAAACAUAAAAUUUACCAAAAAGGUUGUGAGUGUGUGCCUAGAUACCAAAGUCUUCAGAGAGUCGCCGGAACAUAACGUAACAAGUGUAAGCACUUGGCUAUGCAACAAUUUUCCCGGACUCCUGUCAAUCAACCUUCGCCUAGAAAAUGUUUUGUUUACCACAAUUGCAAAUUUUUUACAAAGUAAAAGCAUGGGAUGGAAAAUUCAUUCCAUUUUCCUCUCCAAAAUUCCUCUCAAUGUAACGCAUUUCCAAAUUAUUGGAAAAUAUGCUCCUAAUCUUAAAAAGUUGGAAAUACUGAACCAAGUAAUUUUGGAUGUAUCAACCAAUAAUCAACACAUCGCUGCAGAUGAUGUUGGCCGUUUAGCCCGGCCAUAUUUUCGUCAUCUUACACAUCUCUCUUUUACUGGAGCCUGGACGGAAAAUAUUGUCUGCGUUCUAUUGAAUAACUGUGUUUUCUUGCAAGACCUCAUUCUAAAACCAAAUGUUUUACCGGUGACAUUUCUCAAGCACAAUCCUCUUUCAUAUUUACAGCGACUCAUCCUUGAUAGGUCGCAUUUGGUUUGGAACGAAUGUGAUCUAGAGUUGAAUUUUCUUCGAUAUGUCCUUAAAUCAGCAUCAAACUCCCUUAGAGAACUUGGCCUUAAAUCUAGGCCUCCCAUAGAAUGGGAUAGUCUUCUUCAGCAGUUAAAACUGGAAAAUUGUGAUUUUCAAAUAUUGCGACCCAUUGUUUAAAGUUCGUGCCUCAGGUUCCAAAGAUUCAUUUAUCCCAACCUAUAAGUAAAAAUUGCCACAAUUACUAUAGUAACCCAUUUUCGAGCAUGUCAUAAAACAAUUAUUAGUUAAACAGAAAAGUUUCAAAAAUGCUGAAUUUCUUACAUUCCGGUGACUAAGUUUCCGAAGUUUUUUUGGCUUAUUUUUUUAAUAGCCCGUUGUAACUGCAUAAUAGAAAACAUAAUGCUUUGCAUAAUAAACGAUUAUUAUACAUUUG